CCAUCAUUCAGCAAGAUUAUGGAUGAUAUUCCACCUAAACCCAAUCGUCCCAUUGCCAUUCUAAAACCUUUUAUUCCUGUAGGACCCAUUCUUGCAUUUUUAUAACUGAUUCGUAUUCCUCUCAUGUAAUUUCAAAGACUCCUUUUCAAUAAAGUCAAAGAAAGAUGCAGCCCUUCGGCCAGCGGGUCAGCAACCACGCAUUUCCACGAAUCAUAUGGUAAUUCUUUUUAUGUUCCCCCCACGUUCUCAUCAACCUUCCCAGGAUCCUGCCGCUCACUUACACACUAGGGACAACCCACAGUGGUUUAUAUACCUAUUUACCCGUUUUUAGUAUAUGGGAAGAAACCGGAGAACCCGGAGCGAACCCACGCUGUCACAGGGAAAAUGUGCAAACUUGGAAUGUGUGAACCCGGGUUUCUGUUACAAUGAGACAAAGGCUUCACAAACCGCACCUCUGUCACUUAAAGCCUUGAUCUCGAUCCAUAACUGAUCCCUUCUUCGGAGACCUUGAUUUUUAACUUGCAAAUUAGGAGAACUAUCCCAUUUACUUCAUCAAGUUCCUUAGGAGCUUUAUAUUGUUACUAAACUUAUCUUUCGCCCUUCUACUCUACAUUAUAUUGCAACCGUAUCAUAGUUAAUCACAAGACACUGAAGAUAAACCGAAAUUAAACCGAUGCCUUCUCUGUCUUUAGCUAUAAAUAAAGACAUAAGUAUUUGUAGCGAAUCUCCACUUCCAUUUAUUUACAAACCUCACCUCAGCUGUAAAGACCCGCAUUCUCUGAUUUUUAAUGCAAAAUUAGUUUUCAUAAUCUAUUUAGGCAUCUUGCUAGUUUUCUGUCAUAUUCUAGUUUCUUCUCUUUUCUUUACCGGUGUCGGGCUGACACGGUCGUGAACUCCUUGCAUCCUGCACCGCGUUCCCACUGCAGUAAAGGGCCCGGAACUUGUGGCUGAGCUCCGGUUGACCGACGGUGACGGAGGCUCAGGGGCGUGGCCAGAAGCGGGGCGGGGCUCCUCGCCGUCCAGCUGAUCGGACGGGCACGCAUGCUGGUGACGUCACGACGCACAGUGUCAACUCAAGUGGACGCGGUACCCCUGGCUGGAGGUCAGUUUCGAGAGCGGCUGGUUAAUGGUUGUCGUCUCGGCAUGGGAGGGGAGGCUCAGGUAUUUGUGAAGAUGGCCACUCUCACACGACAAGAUCUCAAUUUUGGACAAGUGGUUGCAGAUGUACUCUGUGAAUUUCUGGAAGUGGCUAUUCAUUUGAUUUUGUACGUCAGGGAGGUGUAUCCAAUUGGUAUCUUUCAGAAGAGGAAGAAGUACAACGUACCUGUACAGAUGUCAUGUCACCCAGAGCUUAACCAAUACAUUCAGGAUACUCUGCACUGUAUCAAGCCUUUGAUCGAGAAGAAUGAGGUGGAUCGGGUGGUGGUGGUGAUCCUGGAUAAAGAGCAUCAUCCUGUGGAACGCUUUGUCUUCGAGAUAUCUCAACCUCCUCUGCUGUCUGUCAGCUCUGACUCAUUGCUGUCCCGUGUUGAGCAGCUCCUUCGAGCUUCAAUUCUGAAGAUCAGUGUCUGUGAUGCAAUUCUGGACACUAACCCUCCAGGCUGUACCUUCACUGUGCUGGUUCAUACCAGAGAUGUUGCCACUCGGAACAUGGAGAAGAUUCAGGUGAUAAAGGAUUUCCCAUGGAUUCAUGCAGAUGAACAAGAAGUGAAUAUGCGAGAGCCUAGGCUAAUUCCACUGAAAACCAUGACUUCGGAUAUCUUAAAGAUGCAAUUAUAUGUUGAAGAGAGAGCUCAAAAAAUAUCCUGACUCCAUGGCUGCAACACCAAGUGGAACAUAAGUCCUAAGGCACUGGGUGUUCUUCGUCACUGAAAUUUGUUGCACACAGAAGAAAACGUGUGAAAUGUGAAACAUAUAUGGAAUCAUAUCCUGAAAUGGAAUUUGUAGAUGGGUUUUUAACACUUUUGUAUUGUGAUGAUAGCUUGUAGUUUAACUAUGUGCUUGUGUUGUGCUGUCUACAUUAAGUGUGAGGUGAAAUUGACUACAAAUUAAAUGGCUGAGUCAGGGUUAGAAAAUAACUGAUUGCACAUUAGUUUUCAAGAUAUGGUCAGUAGACUAUCCAAGAAUGGUGUAUGUCAAUGUUAUGAUACCAUACAAAUGUAUAAGCUACAAUUUAGAAACUAUAGUGCUGACGCCUGUCAGCUUCUCUGAAGAACUACUCAUUUGUAAAAAGUCUGUUUCUUUCAAGGGGAGAGAGAAGGACCUUGAAGGAGAGCAGUUUUAUUCUAUUAGGGAGUGAACCAAGUGUAAGAAUUUUUAAUGAAAAUCUAAAUGUGAGGCUGGUGCAAUUUUUUUACUUUAAAAUAAUAAAAAAAUAAAAACAUUACUUUUUAAUCUUGC